GGGUAGCAGGGGCCAUAUUGAUUCGUGCAGUUAUCGAAUGAAAUUUAAUAAUUCUUCAACGGAAGAGUAAAAAUGGGAAGCGAAGUCAAGAUGGAGACUGAUAUGGAUAAAACAGGCAGCAAGGCAGCGUCGCGAGAAGAGAGAGAAAACACGGAAAAAGACCGUGACAAAGACAGAGACAGACAUCGGCAUAAAGAUAGAAACCGCGACAAGGAAUCAGACAGAGAACAUAAAAGAGAAAAGGACAAGCAUCGUGAUAGAGACAAACGUGAUAAGGACAGAGACCGGAAGAGAGACAAAGACAGGGACAGAAAACAUCGGAAAAGAUCAAGAUCAAGGUCGCCUCAAAGAUCCAAAGAUGGCAAGAAGUCAAAACCAGAUGACAACAAAAAUGGUGUAGAAGAACAAGAGGAUGAGCAAAUGAAACCAAAAGUUGAGCCAUUAUCUCUGGAGGAAAUGAUUGCAAGAAGAGAGGCUGAGAAAAAGGCACAAGAAAAGCCAACAUUUUUGACCAAAGAACAAAGAGCCAUGGAGGCAUUGAAAAGAAGACAACAGCAAGUGGAAGAGCAGCGGAAAAAGACUGAGGGGGAGCGGCAAAUGAGGGAGAAGUUUUUGAGAGAGGCACAGUAUUCUAGAGAGGAUGAAGUGGAAAGAGAAAGAAGAGAAAGGAGGGAAAGAAGAGAAAAGAACUUGACUGAAGAGGAGGCUGAGAGUGAGAAAGCAAAGGCACGAAAGGAAAAAGACCAGGAGAAAGAAAUUCAAGCAAUCAAGCAACGAUACCUUGGUGGAGUGAAAAAGAGGAAGAAGAUACGUCGUCUUGCAGACAGAAAGUUUGUGUUUGAAUGGGACACGGGAGAAGAUACUGCAGUGGAUUAUAACCCAAUCUACACUGAUAGACAUCAAAUUCAACUUUUUGGAAGAGGACACAUUGGUGGAAUUGACAUAAAGUGGCAGAAGAAAGAAACGGGGAAGUUUUACCAGGAAAUGUUGGAGAAAAGACGAACUCAGGAGGAGAAAAACCAAGAAGCGUCACGAAUUAAGAAGCAGCGUGAUCUGGAAAAACAGCGUGCUUACGAUGAUCGUCACUGGAGCAAAAAGUCAUUGGAGGAGAUGGGUGAAAGAGAUUGGAGAAUUUUGCGGGAGGACUUCACAAUUUCAACAAAAGGUGGUAAGAUACCUCAUCCACUCAGAUCAUGGACGGAAAGCUCUCUUCCUAAAGACAUUUUGGAUAUAGUGGACAAACUGGGAUACGAGGAACCAACACCAAUCCAGCGACAAGCCAUUCCUAUUGGUCUUCAGAACAGAGAUAUUAUAGGAGUGGCAGAGACAGGUAGUGGAAAAACAGCAGCCUUUUUAAUUCCAUUGUUGGUUUGGAUCAUGGGUCUGCCCAAGAUUGAAAGAGACAUCGACGCAGACAAAGGACCUUACGCUUUGAUCAUGGCUCCAACCAGGGAAUUAGCGCAACAGAUUGAAGAUGAUGCAGCAAAGUUUGGACGUCCACUUGGUGUUCGAACAGUUUCUGUGAUUGGUGGGUUGUCACGUGAAGAUCAAGGAUUCCAGUUGCGACUUGGAUGCGAGAUUGUUAUUGCCACUCCCGGCCGUUUGAUCGAUGUUCUUGAAAAUCGUUACCUGGUACUCAGCCGCUGUUCAUACAUCGUUCUUGAUGAGGCAGAUCGUAUGAUCGACAUGGGUUUUGAGCCAGAGGUUCAGAAAAUCUUGGAACACUUACCAGUGAGCAACGUCAAACCUGAUACUGAAGACGCUGAGGAUCCAGAGAAGCUAUUGUCCUACAUGGGAAAGGAUCGCUUUAGACAGACGGUAAUGUUUACAGCAACAAUGCCUCCUCAAGUGGAACGAAUGGCGAGGAACUAUCUUCGACGGCCUGCUGUGGUUUACAUAGGCUCUAUAGGAAAACCAGUCGAGAGAGUAGAGCAGAAGGUUUACCUGCUUAAAGAAGCUCAAAAACGGACGAAGCUGUUAGAGAUUUUGAACGGUGGUAUCGAUCCUCCCAUAAUAAUUUUUGUGAACCAAAAGAAGGGAGCAGAUGUGCUGGCAAAGUCUUUGGAGAAAAUGGGCUUCCGUGCCACAACUCUUCAUGGUGGGCGAAACCAGGAACAGAGAGAGUUUGCUUUGUCGAGUCUCAAAUCUGGUGCGAAAGACAUUCUUGUCGCCACUGAUGUAGCAGGGCGUGGUAUUGAUAUCAAGGAUGUCUCUCUUGUUCUUAACUACGAUAUGGCCAAGUCAAUAGAAGGCUACACUCAUCGUAUUGGUAGAACUGGUCGCGCUGGAAAGACUGGUAUCUCCGUCACGUUUCUGACCCAGGAAGACUCGGCCGUGUUUUAUGACCUUAAGCAGACUCUGUUGGCCAGUCCGGUAAGUAAUUGUCCACCAGAGCUUGAGAAACAUCCCGAGGCUCAGCACAAACCCGGCACAGUACUGACAAAGAAAAGGAAGGAGGAGACAAUCUUUGUUUAAAAACUAAAAGUGUUCCCAGUCAUCGAAGAAUGUUCAAAUCGCAGUAUAUAUCAGAAAACGUUUAACACUUCGAAAUCGUUCUAGGAUUGUAAUGCAGACGGAAAAAUUAAAAGUCGUCAAAUUCUUCUUAA